AUGGCAGAUUUCAAUGAGAAACACAACUCAAACGGUCCUCAAGAGAAAAAGAUUAAUGGGUUCAAGCAAUGGAGUUUGUUUUCACAAUCAUCUAUCCCCAGAGGCUUCCAUGAUCACGAUUGGAUUCAAAAGUUUUGUGUGGCAGAAGAAGAGGAGAAAGAGAUGGUUAAGGGUCUAAUGCAGAACUGUGAUCUCCCUCCGCCACUCAAGCUCUUCCCUAUGGGCCAAAGCUCCCUCCAACAUGAUGAGAAGCUAGCCCUAUUGAAAGCGUUGAAGCUAUCCCAAAUAAGGGCCAGGGAAGCAGAAAAGAAAGCCAUUCUACUGGCUGAGGAGAGGGACCGUUUGACUAAUAAACUUCAGGAGGAGUCUCUGAGAUUAUUCGCUCAUAGACAGUGGGUGAGACUGCUUGACCUUGAAGUGGUCUUGUUGCGAUCGCAGAAGCAACAGUUUCAACAACAGCAAUUAUGUCAUGGAGGAUGCUAUUACACACAGAAAAGAAGGAAAGUAGAGGCCAGGAAAGAAGACGAUAUGGGUGGAUGGAAACCAUGGUUCAUGGCUUUGGCCCUGUUUUUGGGAUUUGCUAGUCUUGGCAUGCUUUUUGGCUACAGAAAUUUUUAUUGUUUAUUUUGGUAG